CUGAGUGAGAGGGAGUGAGUGAGGGAGGGAGUACGGCAGCAACUGGAAGGCGGAUAAACAGUUAAUGUGAUAAUAAUUCCGCUGCAAAACACACACACACACACACACACACCCAACGAGCACCGGUCUUGGAAGUGAUGAAUUCGCAGGCUGCGGCUGAUCUGGUUUUGCUGCAUGUUCUUGCUCCGGAUUUGGAGGAGAGGAGCGGCGGCGGCGGCUCCGGUUCGGAUCCGGAUUCGGGGCUGGGGUUGAAAGCUCUUCCCUGCGAUGGGAGCCGCCGCUCGGCCACAUUGUUUCAAGAUGCCGCCUGCAAACUGCAACAUUUCGACUUCCCCGGAACAAAAGGAUCGCGGCCGCAGCUGAUGGUUUUCCGCAACCUGGUGCGUGCGGACGACGGGCCGGGACCGGGACCGGGACCGGGACCGGGAGCGGGAGCGGGAGCCGGGACCGGGGAGGGGGCCAGCCGGGCCGCGACCGGGGGCAAUGUGGAUCCGCUCCGGCUCCGGCUCCGGCUCCCGCUCCCUUUCCCCCGGGGAGGGAUGAAAGCGGCUCCCCCGUCUCCCCCCGUCUCCCCCGGCUGCUGCCCCCGGCGGGAGGAGCGGGUCUGCUUCGACCUGGCCCGGGACUUUGGCGGCUUCUCGGUGGCAGGAGGCGGGGGAGAGUGGCCGGGGCCGCCGGGCUGGGAGUGCUCGGCCCCGGCAGCUCCCGGCCACAGCCCCCGCUCCCUGAGCGAGGAGCCGACCGAGACCAGCGACGCCGUGUUGGUGCUGGAGGGGAUUGAACCCGGGGUGAGCAGCCUGGACAUGGGCAGCUGUCAAGCCGAGCCUGCAGCCAGCUUCCAGCUUCAUCCCCAGCGGGACAGCAGCCCCCCGGGGAGCAACUCUCGAUGUCAGCCGCUGCCUGGCGAGGCCGGCUCCGGCUCGGGCUCGGGCUCGGGCUCGGGCUCCGGCUCCGGCUCCAGCUCCCCGCUGGGCAGGAGCUGCUCCCCCGGGCUGCGGGAGGAGGACAGACAGAGCCCGGAGCUACCCAAGGUCCGGCUCAGUCGGUGCUCCAGCUCCCCCAGCCCCUCACUCGGCGAGGACAAGCUGCUGAGCCGCCUGCCCGGCAAAACCCGCAAGAAUUCCCUGAAAAUCCGCCUCAGCAAACUCUUCCGAACUAAAAGCUGCAACGGGAGCGGUGAUCCUGGGGCUAAACGACAUUCAAUGGACCUGGAGACAUCAGCCGGAUGCCUGGUGGAGAUCUCCAAACUGCAAGAGGGUUAUGACAUGAGAAGCAAGCCCAGGCUGACACGGACACAAAGUGCCUUCGCUCCAGUAUCUUUAGCAUCACCUUUCACAGGAGAAACUGUGUCACUGGUCGACCUGGAUAUCUCUCGCCGUGGACCCCCCUCACCUCAACCCCCAACGCCACCACCCCCUCCUCGGAGGAGCCUCAGCCUUCUAGAUGAUAUCGCAGGGCCACAGCCUCCAUCUUACCCAGUGAGCCCGGCUGCUGCUAGCUUACAGUUGUUACCUCUGCCGCCUCCUCCUCCACCUCACGCUUCCAUCCAGCACAGUCUCAGCUUAAACGACAACUUGCAGAAAAACUCACUCCAAAUCCGGCCGAUGACUGUGCAGCCACAACAUUGCCCGCUGAACAGGAGGGAUUCCAACAGCUUUGCAGCCAGUCUGCGGGAGCUUGAAAAGUGUGGCUGGUAUUGGGGUCCGAUGAACUGGGAUGAUGCUGAAAUGAAGUUGAAGGGAAAACCGGAUGGUUCGUUCCUGGUGAGGGACAGCUCGGACCCACGCUACAUCCUUAGCCUCAGCUUCCGCUCACAAGGGAUCACGCAUCACACCAGGAUGGAACAUUAUCGAGGUACAUUCAGCCUCUGGUGUCAUCCGAAAUUUGAAGACCGCUGUCAGUCUGUGGUCGAGUUCAUCGAAAGGGCCAUUAUGCAUUCCAAAAACGGGAAAUUUCUGUAUUUUCUACGCUCACGAGUUCCUGGUUUGCCUCCGACCCCGGUCCAGCUCCUCUAUCCCGUCUCCCGCUUCAGCAACGUGAAGUCCCUGCAGCACCUCUGUCGUUUCCGAAUCCGACAGCUUGUCCGGAUAGACCACAUCCCGGAACUCCCGCUCCCGAAACCCCUCAUAUCAUAUCUGCGAAAGUUUUACUAUUACGAUCCCGAGGAGGAGGCCUAUCUUUCUCUGAGGGAAGCUCGUCUCUGUAUCGCCCACGAACAGGAUAUGGACACCCAGACGUAGCUGUCCCAGAAAUAUCACUCGAACUGUCUAAAGUUGGAGGGUUACUGAGGGCAGUGGGAACGGCACAUUCUGACUGGAUCACUACGCCAGGAGCCGCUCAUGACCGAGGGGGCUCGUCGAUUUUCCUGAAAUGCUCCUUAUUCCCGAUGCUUAUUUAGACCCGUCGCUCGCUCCGAAAGUU